AUUGUGAAUUCGUUUUUAUGAAUAUUAUUUUUAAUGAAAGCUUUGAUUUUAUUGGUUUUGGCUUUGAGUGCCUUUGCAUUCACUGAGUAAAUGAUGUCUUUGGAAGAAUUGGCCAAUUUUAAUGUUAAAACAAUGGAUUGCUCAAGAUCUGAUUAAUUUUCUUUUGUAGAAAAAUAAAUGAAGCAAUGGGAAGAUUUGUUAGUUCAUCAAAAAGCAGUUUCUCAUGAUAUCAAGAUCCUUGAAUAAAUGGAAAAAAUGUUAACAACAAAACAUCAUUCUUUCUUAGAAGCAUAAGUCUCUGUUUCAGGAAAGAAGUUGCUAAAAAAAUUACACAAAUUAGAAUUACCUCUCACAAAAAGCCAAAUUGGUCUCAGUCAAGUUAAGGCCUUAAGGGAAUAAUGCCAUGCCUUAGAUUCUGAAAAUCAUGAAGAUAGAGCAGCAGCUAAAAAGGAAUUAUGUAAAUUAUUGAGAGAAUAUAUUAAUAGUCUUAAUAAUUGUAAAUAAUAAUGCAGAAGCACUCCAAUUACAGUCAUCAAGAUCAAAGGAUAAAUUAAGGAUCUCGAAAUAAUAAGAGGAGGAUGCACAAGUAAUGGAGCUUAAACUGGUGUCAAAGUGACAUCUUAAGAUGAUGAAACUCAUGAAAUUACUAUUCAUCAUCAUCAUAAAGGAUAAACAACCACUGAAACCACUUAAGCAGCUGGCUAAAGUAAUUCAGAAUCGAAAGCAAAAGUAGAAUCACACGAAAGCUCAUCAAAAUCAUCAAGCGAAGAUUCAUCUUCAAAUGAAUAAACUUCAAAUGCCGAAACAGGGGAAGCAGGCGAAGAAGAAGUGUCAGAAGAGACUACUGAAACAGCUGAUGAAACUACUCAAGGAGAAGAAGAAACAACACAAGAAACAACUGAAAAAGGAGGAGAAGAAGCAACAGAAGAGACUGCAGAAGAAACAACAGAGGAGACAACAGAAGAAACUACAGAAGAGACAACAGAAGAAAUAACUGAAGAAACAACAGAAGGAGAAGUUAUAGAAUGAUUAAGUAAUCAAAAUAUUAAAU